AUGACGACGGGCAGUGGCAGCACGGGCGCCAAUGGCAGGAGCCAGAGCUCCAGGGGCAAGGCGAUGCUGCUCGCGCUGGGCAAGGGCUUCCCUGACCAAGUUCUGCCUCAGGAGAAGGUUGUGGAGAGCUACCUCCAAGACAGCAGCUGCGACGAUCCCGCCACCAGGGCCAAGCUUGAGCGCCUUUGCACGACCACUACAGUGAGGACAAGGUACACUGUUAUGUCCAAGGAGCUACUUGAUAAGCACCCAGAGCUGAAGAUGGAGGGUACUCCAACACUGACACCCCGCCUUGACAUCUGCAAUGCCGCGGUGAUCGACCUUGGUGCUGCUGCAGCUCGUGCUGCCCUCGACGAUUGGGGCCGCCCUGCAGCUGAUAUUACCCACCUCAUCUACAUCUCAUCCAGUGAGCUUCGUCUCCCAGGGGGAGACCUUCACCUGGCUGCCCGCCUUGGCCUUAGCCCAAACACCGUGCGCACUUCCCUUCUCUUCCUUGGCUGCUCCGGUGGUGCUGCUGCCCUCCGCACUGCCAAGGACAUUGCUGAGAACAACCCAGGGAGCCGUGUCUUAGUAACAGCUGCUGAGACCACUGUGCUAGGCUUCCGGCCACCAAGUUAUGACCGUCCUUAUGACCUUGUUGGUGCUGCCUUGUUUGGUGAUGGUGCCUCAGCUGUGAUUAUAGGAGCAGGCCCCAUGGCACCAGCAGAAGAUCCUUUCUUAGAGCUUGAGUUCUCCACGCAGGAGUUCCUACCUGGGACUGAUAAGGUAAUUGAUGGCAAGAUCGCAGAGGAAGGAAUUAAUUUUAAACUAGGGCGUGAUUUGCCUGAGAAGAUUGAAGGCCGCAUAGAAGGUUUCUGCAGGACUCUCAUGAACCAGGUAGGGAUAAAGGAUUUCAAUGAUGUAUUUUGGGCUGUGCAUCCUGGUGGACCAGCAAUAUUGAACAGGCUUGAGUUCUGCCUUGAACUUCAGCCAGAGAAGCUCAAGAUUAGCAGAAAAGCCUUGAAGAACUAUGGAAACGUGAGCAGCAAUACAAUCUUCUAUGUGCUGGAGUACUUGAGGGAUGAGUUAAAGAAAGGGGCAAUAAGUGAAGAGUGGGGAUUGAUCUUGGCUUUUGGCCCAGGCAUCACCUUUGAAGGACUGCUAGUCCGAGGUGUUAAGAAAACCUUCACAAGCUAA